GCGGGGGGCGCAUCCGCUGGCGGCGGCGGCGUGGGUGCGCGCUGCCGGGCGGUCAGCUGGCCGCGGGGCGAUAAGAGGGCGGGCGGCGCGGGGCGGCGGCGCUCGGUGCUCGCUCACUCGCGUUCUGCCGCGUUCCGGGGGAGAAGGCGUCCGCUCCGCCAUGGCCGAGACGAUCGCGGACACCCGGCGGUUGAUCAGCAAGCCACAGAAUCUGAACGACGCCUACGGGCCGCCCAGUAACUUCCUGGAGAUCGACGUGGGCAACCCGCAGACGGUGGGGGUGGGCCGCGGCCGCUUCACCACCUACGAGAUCCGCGUCAAGACAAAUCUACCUAUCUUCAAAUUGAAAGAAUCUACGGUCAGAAGAAGAUACAGUGACUUUGAAUGGCUAAGGAAUGAACUAGAAAGAGAAAGCAAGGUUGUGGUGCCACCUCUACCAGGAAAAGCUCUUCUCCGUCAGCUCCCCUUCCGAGGAGAUGAUGGCAUAUUUGAUGAUUCCUUUAUAGAGGAAAGGAAGCAGGCUCUCGAACAAUUCAUAAACAAGGUUGCAGGCCACCCACUGGCACAGAACGAGCGCUGUCUUCACAUGUUCUUACAAGAUGAAGUAAUAGACAAAAACUACACACCAUCCAAAAUAAGACAUACUUGAGUUCUGAAACUAUCUUCUCAAACAUUAGUGGUUCUUAUGCUUGGUUUUAAGAGGUUGUAGUUUGUCUUAGCAUGCUGAGGAUAAACAGGCACAAAGUCUCCACUAACAUCAGUACACUGCUUGGUCUUUGCAUAUGCUUUAUAGCACUAAAGAACUCACUUGUCUUCUAGCUAAAUCCCUCUGAACCCUUGAUUUAAGAGUAUUACACUAUGAGACCAUCCACCCCUUGCAAUGUCUCACAAAUCUUUCCACUCUUAUUUGCAAUGACUUAACAAUGUUUACUGACUUGGCCUUACUUGAACUUGCACAGUUGUAGUGUCACGUGUUCACUUGUAUUUGACUAAACUGCUAUGCUGUUUCUGAGGUAGUCAUCUAUCUGAACUUCUGUAGAAAGACUGCUUUAUUUCUGAUAACCUGUGUGAGAAACACUUAUGCAAUUGUCUUCAAGCGUGUAAAACACUUUAUACUGAAGUAAUGAGGGAAUUAUCUUUAUAUUCUGUAAGAGGGAAAAAACCAAAUUUAUAUACUAAAGUAACUUGUCUAAAGUUUUGAAAUAAAAGUGAAAAUGCACUUCAAA